AUGGAGGACGUCCUGGACUCGGCGGUGGGGGCCCACUUCAGCGGCCUCCGCCGCGACUCGCGCCGCCUCUCCUCCUCCCUCCCCUCCUCGCCCUCCUCCGCCACCUGCAACGGCGCGGCCGACGCCUCCGCGGCCGCGCCCAGCGGGCUCGCGUCCCCCACGCCCAGGCAGCCGUUCGUCAUCGGGGUGUGCGGCGGAACGGCGUCGGGGAAGACGACGGUGUGCGACAUGAUCAUCCAGCAGCUCCACGACCACCGCGUCGUGCUCGUCAGCCAGGAUUCGUUCUACCGCGGUUUAACUGAGGAGGAAUCUGAACAUGUGGAAGAGUACAACUUUGAUCACCCUGAUGCAUUUGAUACUGAUCAGCUUCUGGAGUGCAUGGGAAAGCUAAAGAGUGGACAGUCUGUUAAUAUUCCUAUAUAUGAUUUCAAGAAUCAUCGACGAUGCUCUGAGAGCUUUAGAAAGGUCAAUGUAUCAGAUGUCAUCAUUCUGGAGGGCAUUUUGGUUUUUCAUGAUCAAAGGGUGCGUGACUUGAUGGACAUGAAAAUUUUCGUUGACACAGAUGCUGAUAUUAGGCUUGCCCGAAGAAUAAGGCGUGAUACAGUUGAAAGAGGUAGAGAUGUUCUCUCAGUGCUUGAGCAGUACGGGAGGUUUGUGAAGCCCGCCUUUGAUGAUUUUAUCCUGCCUUCCAAGAAGUAUGCUGAUGUGAUCAUACCACGAGGAGGAGAUAACCAUGUUGCCAUUGAUUUAAUUGCGCAACAUAUUCGUACAAAACUUGGACAACAUGACUUGUGCAAAUUAUAUCCAAAUGUUUGUGUAGUUCAGACAACUUUCCAGAUACGGGGAAUGCAUACCCUCAUUCGUGACCGGGAAAUUACGACUCCUGAUUUUGUCUUCUAUUCAGAUCGGCUGAUUCGUCUGGUAGUUGAGCAUGGUCUGGGGAAUUUGCCAUUUACAGAGAAGCAGGUCGUUACACCUACAGGAUCUAUUUAUUCAGGAGUUGACUUCUGCAAGAAGCUCUGUGGAGUGUCGAUUGUUCGAAGUGGUGAAAGCAUGGAGAAUGCUCUGCGUGCUUGUUGUAAGGGGAUAAAAAUAGGUAAAAUCCUAAUACAUCGUGUUGGAGACAACGGACAACAACUCAUAUACCACAAGCUGCCCGAGGAUAUUGCUCAACGUCAUGUUCUACUUAUGGAUCCUGUGCUCGGUACAGGUAACUCAGCAAAUCAAGCUAUACAGCUUCUUAGAAGUACAGGAGUUCCAGAGGACCACAUCAUGUUUCUUAAUCUUAUCUCGGCUCCUGAAGGAAUCCAUUGUGUCUGCAAGCGAUUCCCUGGUGUGAAGAUCGUAACAUCGGAGAUCGACGCCGGGUUGAACGAGGAAUACCGUGUCGUGCCAGGGCUGGGUGAAUACGGCGAUCGCUACUUCGGCACUGACUAA